AUGUCCCAUCAUCAUCACAACCAUAUCCAUGAUGACCAUGAUGACCAUGAUGAGCACGACCAUUCCUCCGACAUCACGCCCGCACUACAAUCGAACCUCUACCAGCAAAUCGACUUUGAUCACAUUAUCACCUUCAACGAGGCAGAGUCCAAAUCCGGCGCGGCGAUUGUGAGAAAAACAUGGGCGCAGCGGUUGGAUGACAAACCGGAGCUGGAGAGUGACGUCGAUGAGCAAUUGCUCAUGUAUAUCCCGUUCGUCGAUCCCCACUCCUUUCUCAUACAUAGUUAUUUAUUCUGCCCUGUGCACAUUUGGCUUGUCACAAUCGAUGCCACACUCUUUUCCACCUCUCGUGGACGCAACCACUCCCUCAGCACCCCGCCCCCACCUCCAUCUAAAAAUAAUAAAAAUGAGGUAACUAACGCACAACCCCGCCCUAGCUUCACCGGCCAAAUAAAACUGCACUCCCUCCUCCUCUACUCCCCCCCAAUCCCCUCCGCCCCUAGAACCCUUAAACUCUUCCGCAACCGCCACGACCUCGACUUCUCUACCGCCACCGACCUAACCCCCACACAGACCCUCUCCGUCCCUCAAACGCUCACCGGCCCGGACUCAGACGUCCUUGAGAUCCCCCUUAACAGAGCGCAGUUCAACAAUACGACGUCCAUCACGCUUUUUUUUGAGGAUAACUGGAGUCAGGGGGAGGAGGACGUGACUCGGGUUUCGUACGUGGGGUUUAAGGGGCAGCAUAUGGCGCUGAAUAGGGAGCCUGUUACGUUUUUGUAUGAGGCUGCGGCGAAUCCGAGGGAUCAUGUUGCUAUCCAGGGGGUGCAGGGAGUUGGGAGGACAAUUGGGCCCGGGAAAUGA